UGGGAGGUCGUCAGCUUGAAAAACGCUUGCCUGAAGAAUUGCACCAAAGCACAAAUGCAUCAUCAGAAGAUUUCAGGUCGUUUACUUUGCAUCAGACAGCUGUGAGGAGGCCAAAGUCAAGAUGAGGUGACCGAGCCAAGUUAUGGAACAGAUGGAUACUGGUGUGUGUGCAGCAGGAUUUCCUCUGUACCUGACCAGGUGUCUUCCUGUUGCCAGUGAAAAAACUGCAGAUAUGCAACAGCUGAUGGAAGAAGGACAGGGACUACUCAAGGAUUAUGAGAACAGCCAGGAUGCUACUUGAAUGGGUGAUACCAUGGCUUACCAUCUACCUUGGACUGCUUGUAGCCAGCACUGUUCAGAUGAUGAGCAAAAUUACAGUAAUUAAAGAAGUGAGACAGGCUCACAACGAGCAGAUCUGCAGUACCUGGGGAAACUAUCAUUUCAAGACUUUUGAUGGAGAUUUCUUCCAGCUUCCCUCCACUUGCAACUACAUCCUUGCAUCCCAGUGUAAGAGAAGCUACGAGAGUUUCGAUAUUCAGUUCCAACGGCAGGAGAUGGAUGGGGUCGCCACCAUUAAGACGGUCACUAUGAAACUGGAGGGGGCCGUUGUGGAAUUAGCCAAGGACUCCAUCAAAGUCGAUAAUGAACUUGUCACUAUACCAUUCAGCAAGGUUGGCAUUACAAUUGCAAGAACCGUCUCCUAUGUCAAAAUCGAGGCAAAGCUGGGUGUGGUCAUCAUGUGGAACGAAGAAGACGCCCUCUGGGUUGAGCUGGAUGUAAAAUUCCAGAAUCAGACCUGUGGCCUAUGUGGUGACUACAACGGUGUCCAGGUUUAUGAUGAGUUCAUCAAAGGAGAAACAGGGGAGUCUGUAACUCUUGAAUAUUAUGGGGAGUCCUGGAAAGUCAAUGGUCCUACCGAAGAGUGUGAAGAAAUCUCCUCUCCUGCCGCACAGACAUGUACAAAUCAAAAAGACCUCUGUGCAAACCUGCUGUCAGGACCUGCAUUCCUCAGCUGUCAACAGCUGAUUGAGACUGAGGCCUUCAUCAAAGCCUGUCAGAAGGACCUGUGCCACUGCAACAAUAGUACUUCGUGCUUGUGUUCAACCACAUCAGAGUACUCUCGUCAGUGCGCUCACGCAGGCGGGAAACCACAGCAAUGGAAGACCACACAAAUGUGUUCAAACAAAUGCCCUUUCAACAUGGAGUAUAAAGAAUGCGGCAGUCCCUGCACUGACACCUGCAGCAACCCCCAGAGAAGCCAAGUGUGUGAGGAUCACUGCUUAGAUGGAUGUUUCUGUCCAUCUGGGACUCUCUUUGACGACAUUACACAAAGUGGGUGCGUUCCUGCUGAAACGUGCUCCUGCUUACACAAUGGCAAGCCAUACAAACCAGGAGAAUCAUACUCAAGGACAUGUCAAACUUGCACCUGUACCCAGGGUAAGUGGCGCUGUAAGGAUCUAGACUGUCCUGGUAUCUGCUCCGUGCUGGGUGGCAGCCACAUCUCCACCUAUGAUGAUAAAACAUAUUCUUUCCAUGGAGACUGCUCUUAUGUUCUCUCCAAGAAAACUAAUGGGACUCUCAGUGUCCUUGGUGACCUGGCCAAAUGUAAAAGAUCAGAAAAAUCAACUUGCCUGGCUGCAGUCACCCUACUGCUACAUAAAGACGUGAUGAUUGUUGUUCAAGCUAACGGACAUGUUUUGUAUAACAAAGUGAUCACUCAGCUGCCUCUUUUCAUGGCCGGCGUAACAGUCUUCAGCCCAUCGACAUUCUUCAUUGUAGUCCACACCGAAUAUGGGCUUGACCUCGAGAUUCAGCUUUCACCCAUUAUGCAGGUCUACAUCAAAGCCAGUGUUUCCAAUAAGGGAAAACUCAAGGGUCUUUGUGGAGAUUUUAACGAUGUGGAAGCUGAUGACUUCAGAACCACAAAUGGAUUGACUGAGGGAACGGCUGGGACAUUCGUCAACACGUGGAAGUCCAAAACAAGCUGCCCUGAUGUGACAAACAUACUCGGGGACCCCUGCAUUUUGAGCAUAAACAAGGAGAAAUAUGCCAAACACUGGUGCGCCUUGCUGUCAGACGCAAAAGAGAUUUUUGCAAAGUGCCAUUCUGUAAUAAACCCAGAAGUCUAUCAUGCUUCUUGUAUUUAUGACACCUGCGCCUGUGAUAACAGUGAGGAGUGCAUGUGUGCUGCCUUAUCCUCCUAUGUCCACGCAUGUGCCGCUGAAGGUGUCUUAUUGAAUGGAUGGAAGAGCACGGCAUGCCAGAAAUACACGACUGGCUGCCCUUCUACUUUUGUGUAUGGCUACCAAAUGACGAGCUGUGGUCGCACCUGCCAAUCUCUUAGUCAGUCAGACUCGACAUGUGAGAUUAAAUUUACCCCGCUUGAUGGCUGCGGCUGCGCUGAAGGAACUUACCUCAAUGAGAAUGGAAAAUGUGUGUCAGCCUCACAAUGCCCCUGUCAUGUGAUAGACAAGCUGGUACGCCCUGGGCAGGUCAUCAAGGUCCAUGCACAAACUUGCACCUGCCGUAAUGGAAAACUAAGCUGUACAGGAAAACAAAUAAGUCAUUCAUGCACCAAGCCAAUGGUUUUCUUCAACUGCUCAAGCACAAAGCCAGGUGACGAAGGAUCCGACUGCCAAAAAAGCUGCCAGACACUGGACACAGAAUGUGUCAGUAGUACACAGUGUGUGUCAAGCUGUGUAUGCCCGGAUGACCUGCUGUCUGAUGGUAAAGGAGGCUGUGUUACGAAGGAGAACUGUCCAUGCACAUAUAAUGGAGAUUCCUAUAAUUCUGGACAGACUGUCACUGUGGACUGCAAUACCUGCACUUGCAAAAGCAGAAAAUGGGAAUGUACAGACCGUGAGUGUGAUGGAACCUGUACCAUAUAUGGAGAAGGGCAUUACAUCACUUUUGAUGAAAAGAAAUUCUCCUUUAACGGGGAUUGUGGCUACAUCUUCACUGAGGAUCACUGUGGGGACGAUAUGAAUGGCACCUUUAGGGUCCUGACUGAGAGCAUCCCAUGUGGAACAAGUGAAAGCAUCUGCUCCACUGCUAUCAAGCUCUUCUUAGGGAACAAUGAAAUUGUUCUUUCAGAGGAAAGUGUCAGAGUUAUCAAACAAAGCACAGGGGUGGAGAUACCCUAUAAAGUCCACACUAUGGGCAUACAUAUUGUCAUCGAGGCAAAGAAUGGUCUUAUUCUCAUUUGGAAUAAGAAGACAACACUCAUGAUCAAACUCAAGCCCACAUUCAAGGGAAAAAUCUGUGGUCUGUGUGGGAAUUACGACGGGAAUAUCAAGAACGAUUUCACCACCAGAAACAAAGAAGUUGUGGUUGAAGCCCUUGAGUUUGGAAACAGUUGGAAAGCGACACAUCUUUGCCCCAAUGCACACGCACACAAAAAUCCCUGCAGUCUGUACUCACACAGGCAGGCAUGGGCUUUAAAACACUGCAGCAUUGUCAACAGUAAAGUAUUUGCUGUUUGCCAUUCAAAGGUGGAUCCACAAAACUAUUAUGAUGCCUGUGUGAAGGACACGUGUUCCUGCAACUCAGGAGGAGAUUGUGAGUGUUUCUGCUCGGCUGUCGCAGCCUAUGCUGCAGCCUGUAAUGAGGCCGGAGCCUGCGUGAAAUGGAGAACUCCCACAAUCUGCCCUCUAUUCUGUGAUUAUUACAACGCUGAUGGAGAGUGUGAAUGGCACUAUGAGCCUUGUGGAAAACCAUGCAUGAAGACAUGCAGGAAUCCCUCAGGAGUAUGCUACAAUCACAUUCCAGCACUAGAAGGAUGCUACCCAAGUUGCCCACCUGAACGAUCUUAUCUGGAAGAAGAUACCAUGAAGUGUGUGCCACAGGAAAAAUGUGGCUGCUAUGAUAAUGAAGGGAAGCAUUAUAAAGAAGGGGCGCUCAUGCCUACAAAGGAGAACUGUCACACCUGUUAUUGUUCUUCAACAAAGAUGGAUUGCAGCUAUGGCGUCCAAGCUUGCACUUGUUCAUAUAUGGGACGUACGUACAAGUAUGGAGGUAUAGUUUAUGACACACAUGAUGGAGAUGGAACCUGUAUCACAGCUGUUUGUGCAGAAGAAGGAAAUAUUAACAGAACCAUAGGCCAUUGCUCUACAACUGUACCCACACAGUCAACAACAACAGGCUUUGUCUUUUCAACAAGUGAAAAAACGACCACAACAACUCAAACGUCUCCCACUCCAAGUGUUACAACUGAGGCCGUAACAACAAUUCAGACCUUCUCAACACCAAGGUUUUCGACAAGGUCAUCAACAACAGUGCCAUCAUCCUCGAAACCUCCAUCCACCACUGGCAUAGUUACAUCCAGCACAAGCAAAACAACCACAGAAAAACCCAUUACUACUGCUGUUACAACAACUGAAAAACCCACCACAACAACCUCUAAAGUUGUUACAAAUACAGUAGUUACAACAGCACCUUCAACCGUGGUUACGAUUACAACUACAACACCCACAGAAAAACCCACCACGACAACCACAAUCACAGAAAAACCCACCACAACCACAGAAAAGGAACAAACUACUGCUGCCACAACAACUGAAGGACCCAGCACCCCAGUAAAAAUCACAGAAAAACCCACCACACCAACCACAAUUACAGAAAAACCCACCACAACCACAGAAAAGGAACAAACAACUGCUGCCACAACAACUGAAGGACCCAGCACCCCAGUAAAAACCACAGAAAAGCCUAUCACAACAACCACCAUUAUCACAAUCACAGAAAGCCCCACCACAACAACCACAAUCACAGAAAAACCCAUCUCAACCACAGAAAAGGAACAAACUACUGCUGCCAAAACAACUGAAGGACCCAGCACCCCAGUAAAAACCACAGAAAAGCUUACCACAAAAACAACUGAAACUCCAACAAAAACACCCACAAUCACAGUAGUAUCCGCAACAACCACAGAAAGGCCCACCACCCCAGGAACAACAGGCACUACUGCUGCAACAACCACAAGAAAACCUACCACAACAUCCACUGAUUGCUAUGUUUGUAAGUGGUCAGAUUGGACGAACAAUAAUUAUCCUGAUUACACCAAUGGUGGAGAUUAUGAACCCAUUGAUAAAAUUACUAAUCCAGAUCUGAGUUUUUGUAGAAAACAUCUGGAAAUAGAAUGUCGAGCAAAACACUACCCUGAUAUUUCUUUGAAAGACCUAGGUCAAAAAGUAAAAUGCAACCCACAAGAUGGACUGAUCUGUAUUAACAAAGAACAAGGUAUACCUCCUAUGUGUAAUGACUAUGAAAUACGAGUGAAAUGCUGCAUUAACACAUGUGAGCAUUCCACCACAGCAACAACCAAAGGAAGGUCCACUACAACCUCAGCAACAUCCACAGAAAAGCCCACCACAACAACCAUAAGUACAGAAAUAUUUGACACAACCACGGAGAAGGAACAAACUACUGCUGCCACAACAACUGAAACACCCAGCACCUCAGUAAAAACCACAGAAAAGCUUACCACAAAAACAACUGAAACACCCAUUACCACAAAAGAAUCCGCAACAACCACAGAAAACCCCAUUACUACUGCUGUUACAACAACUAAAAAACCCACCACAACAACCUCUGAAGUAGUUACAAAUGCAUUGGUUACAACAGCACAAUCAACACAACCCUUGGUUAUAAUUACAACUACAACAGCCACAGAAAAACCCACAACAACCACAAUCACAGAAAGUCCCACCACAACAACCACAAUCACAGAAAAACCCACCACAAUCACAGAAAAGGAACACACUACUGCUGCCACAACAACUGAAGAACCCAUCACCCCAGUAAAAACCACCGAAAAAACCCACCACAACAACCAUAAUCACAGAAAAACCCACCACAACCACAGAAAAGGAACACACUACUGCUGCCACAACAACUGAAGAACCCAUCACCCCAGUAAAAACCACAGAAAAACCCACCACAACAACCACAAUCACAGAAAAACCCACCUCAACCACAGUGAAGGAACAAACUACUGCUGCCACAACAACUAAAGAACCCAGCACCCCAGUAAAAACCACAGAAA